AUUAGCUGUGCCACAGGCAGGCUACUUCAGAAAUCCAAUGGAUUCGGCAGAGUCAAAUACGAAACGGGUGCAAGGAGAGGAUAGCGAUCUCGAUGACGAUGAACGUUUGCCCGACGAAGACCACGCCCUUUACAAGUGCAAGGUUGCCAAGAGCGAGGGCUUUGAUAUUCCCAAAAUCCGUGACAGCCCCAUGUUCAAUUUGAUUCAACCACACAACCUCAACCGCUUCGAUAGAUACAAAGAAUAUGCGCAGCUUGCAAUCGACGAAUACAAUCGUCGCUUCUCGGCGCUUGCAGCUGCUCCAUUGUAACCCAUAAUGGAUUAUGAUCUGAAUUCAGAGCUGGGAGAAUAAAUACCUUGGAAUCAUUGUAAAGGUGUGCCCAGACAGAGUUGCUAAAGGCCCUAUCAAGCCUUUCUUUGGUGAAGGCCCUCCCUUGCCUUCCAUUCGACCAUGUGAAUUUGCUUCCAAGGUAACCCAUAUCACUCAGGCCACAACUAUAAACCGCAGUUCUGAAUGCCUCCAUUUGUUUGUAUGGUCUCAGUGCUCCUCCCCACUUCUCACCAUAGCACAUUAUUUCAUUAAAAUCACCUACACACAUCCAUCCUAUUGAACUUGCAGGUUUAAGAGCUUGAAGCAAGAGCCAACUUUCCUGCCUUUUUGCUGUCAUUGGGUUGCCAUAGAACCCAGUCAAAUGCCAAGGGAUUCCCCCCUUCAUGCCCUUCACUAUAAGUGAAAUGUGGUUCUGUGUGUAUGACACCACUUCUGCUUCCAUGUCUUCUUUCCAAAGGAAGGCUAACCCACCACUAGUUCCUCUCGAAUUGACUACAAAGCUGUUGUCAAAUCGCAGUCUCCUUUUGACAGCUUCCACCUUUGUUCUGUUGCUCUUUGUUUCCAUCAAGAAAACAAAUUUUGGGGACUUACUUUGCACCAUAAGAUGCAACUUAUUCACUAUUCGAGGGUUCCCAAGCCCUCGACAGUUCCAACUUAGGCAGCUCAUUGUGUAGGGUGGGGCUGUGAAACAGCCUCCACCACUUCAUCUCUAUUGGGACUUGCAUCAGGCACCACCACUGUUUUCCUCUUCUUGAUGAUAUUGGCUUCUUCUCCUGCAUUGUCCUGAGUGACUUCUCUCUUAAUCCAACUUAGGAGACUUGCUUUAGUGUUCUUUGGUUCUGCUAUUGGGCUAGCUGGUUUAUUCUCCCUAGCUUUCCUCUUCCAAGUUGAUCUUGUUCUUAUUUUCUCCAGAACUUGGACCUGAUCCGAGACAAAAAAGGCCAAGGAUGUAGCUUGGGCUCUUAGGUCAUGGCUGCUCAUGGGGUCCAGUUUUGUCUUCUGGUCUUUGCCCAUACAGUCACUGACUAGUGGACCAUGUGGUUCCUCUAUGCCUUGCAUGAGGCACGCUUCUGUUGCAUGAAAAGGUGGUUUAGGACCAUUCCAAAAUGGGAUGGUCAACCUUUCCUUAAAAGGGUCCUGUGCUGAUUCUGCAGAAAGGCUGGUAUGGUGUUUGGUGUCAGAAGGAUCAACAGAGAAUGUGCUGUCAACAUCUUUCUGACCACUUCCCUGAGACUCUCCUUUUGUUUCAGACUUACUGUUUUGCCCUUCAUCCCUGACCUCCUCGCCCUGCCUCCAUGGUUGCUCGUCUGUGCUAUGCUGCUUUCCUUCUUCCCCAUACUUCUUGUUGGUGUAUUCCCUAUCCUUCAUUGUAGGAGCCCUCAACCACGCCCCAUAUUGCAACUGUUUACUAUCCAUAGAACUGAUGGAGCAGCCCUGUUUGGAGUGCUUUACAAUCCCACACCUGAAACAGAAAGUGGGUAAUCUCUCAUAUUUUAUAGGGAUCCAGGCCUUUUUCCCUUCUAUAGUUAAAAAUAUCCCUCUGAUAAGAGCUUCUGUAAUACUCAUCUCCACCCUUAUUCUCAUAAACUUCCCCCAUCCAAUGCCUCUAUCAUCAACUUCUGCUGUUAUGAAUCUACCUAUCUUCCUACCAAUCUGAACUCCCACUUCAAAAGUCAUACUUGCUAAAGGUAAGUUGUAAACCUGUAUCCAGAACUCUUCCUUAUUGAAGGAGACCUCAUUGAUGGAUUUGUUUCCUUCAAAGGCUUGAAGGCAUAUCAACCACCUAUCAAAGGACCAAGGUCUGCCCCUUAGCACAUGUUUGAGAUCCUUCUCUUGGUGAAACUCAAUCAGGAACUUGUUCAUUCCAACUUCUGAAAACUGAAACCAGCUCUCACAUCUCCAUAUUUUGGCCAUUGUGGUCUUGAAGGCUUCUCGAUUCACCUGUCUUUCUGCUAUGAUCAUGGCUAACAAGCAGUACUUGCCUUGUUGUGCAGCUUUGGUGACUGACUUGGGUAGUAAGACCACCUCCUCUUGUUCCUUCUCAGUAAGGCAUAAACCUUCCCACUGUCUAGCUAAUUCUUCUUCCAUUGUUCACUCUUCAGACCAGUCUAGAUAGUCCAAGAGACCUCACUCUUCCCCAAGAGAAGGAGAGAAAAAAACCUCACCCUACUAGGAGAGGACUCUCAGCUGUCUCCUCAAUUUUUCUUGAUGGCUUUUAGUUUUCUCUGAAGCUGGAGCUUGUUAAGGUUUCAAAAGCAAUGGCUCACCUUUUUGAUAUAAUGAGGUAUUAUAUAACCUUCGAGGCCAAGGACUUUGCUGACGGAGGCAAGAUUAAGACCUACCAAAUUGUUGUGCGAGAUGCUAUGCCUGAAAUUUCAGUGCUGUCUUUCAGGCUAAAACCUGCUGAGGAUGAGCGAGGUAAAUGAAUAUUAUUUUUGAAGGGGAUUGAUUUAAUUAAUUAUUUACAGCUUUGCAUAUGCUUAAGAUGUUAUUGUUUUAGUUACUUCACUCAAUUACCUGAGGCACCUUUGUUGAUUUGGCCUCCCCCAAGUUCACAACCAAUGGGCAUCUUGUACUUUGAUAAUUUUGUCCUCCAUCAACCAAUUAUCGCUUUCUCAGAGCAUUUUUGUCCCUUGGGGUAGUCAAGGUGAGAAGAACCUUCGGCUUGAUGUCAAAGAAGAAACAUUACGUAAUCUAAACGGGAGAAUUUGUAGGGCAUUGACCUCGUGUGCAUAUGGGGUCUAUGAAUGUGUCCGUAGCUAGUUCCUAGCGGUUGGCUCAAGUGGUGUAAAGACCUUGGUCUUGGUGGUAUGCUCCCACCAAGGUCUAAGGUUCAAAUUCCACAAGGUGCUAACAAUCUCUUGGGGCUAUCGGAUUGGGUGGAUUUUCCCCCUGAAUUACUUAAGGUGCACUUGCUGGAAACUCCUUGCCAAUGGCCUGUGCCCUCCAGGAUUACUUGGGACUCGGAAUGCUGUUCCCAAAUACUCGAUGUUAAUUAAAAAAAAAAAAGAGAGAGAGAGAGAAUGAAUCCACAACUAACUCUUGGCUUUUAGGUCUUGCUUACCGGUUUGUGGCUUUGAUUAUCUUAUUUUCCUUUAAAACAAAUUUACUGAAAUAACAAAUCACUACUUGUGAUGAUUUUUUUCUUUAUUUAUUUAUUUAAUUUUUUGCUUCGGAAUUAUAAGAUCUGAGUUUGAACUGAUACAAAAACAUGCGAGUGAUUGCUGUUAGGAUUCAAUUUCUGCUGCUUAUUUUUCAUUAUUUUGUUUUAUGUUU